AUGAAAUUCACUUUAAAAUUAAUUAUUCUCUUAAUUUACAUUCUUUAUUCGAGCCAUAAAAUUGCUGCUUAUAUUCCAAAUGCAAGAUUUGGACAUACAGCAGAUCUUAUUAAUAACAAGAUUUAUUUUCAAGGAGGAACAGAUGGCUAUGCAUAUUUUUCUGAUUUUUUUUAUCUCGACAUUUCAAAACCUUUUGAUCUAUAUAAUACAUCAUCAAUGCCUUGGACUGACAUAUCUUUUUUAACAAGUUCACAAAGAUCUACUGGUGCAUCAUGUAAUGUUAAGAAUCAAUCGAUUUUUUUUAUUGGAGGAAAUACAUUAGUAAAUAAUUUGGUUGAAAAAUAUGAUAUUUUGACACAACAAUGGACUAUACCAAACAUUAUAGGAAAUGUCUCGAUGUCUCUAAAUGGUGUUCAAUGUAUUGUUUCAGGGGAUAUGAUUUAUGUCUUUAGUGGGAAUGCAGAAAAUAAGAUGACUAUCUUAAAUACUUCAAGUUUAACAUUAUCGUCAUUGUCAUAUGCUGGCGCGCCUGCUGCGCUAGUAAGAUAUAGCGCAACCCUUUUACCGAAUGGGGAUAUUUUUUAUAUUGGUGGGAGGUAUUAUAGUAACUUUAAUAUCUUUGGUUCAAUGGGAACGAUACCAACGUUUAACAUCAAUAAUAAUACAUGGAGAACUACUGUCACCUCAGGUCAAAUCCCAGUCCCUCAGGCUGGUCAUACUGCAACUUUUAUACCUCAAUAUAAUCAGAUAUUAAUAAUAGAUGGUUUUCCACAAGGUCCAAUAGUCUCUUUGGAUAUUACAACAUUAACUUGGUCAACUCCUACGAUUUCAAAUAAUGGCCUUUCGCAAGGCUUGUUUUGGCAUACUUCUACGUUAUUUGAUAAAUAUAUUUUGAUUGCAUUUGGUGAAUAUGUUGAUUAUCAACCUCUUAAUAAUAUUUACCUUCUUGAUAUAAGUCAAAAAAAUAAUUACAAAUGGGUUAAUAUAUAUAAUCCUUCAGUCUCAACUACAACAUCUUUAUCAAUAACUUCACAAAUACCUACGUAUACAUCCAUAUCACCCGAUAAUAAAACCGAAUCUAAUCUUAAUUUUGGAUUAAUUAUUGGUUUAGCUCUGGGAGGCUUUAUAGCAGUUGCUGUUAUUAUUUUAUUAUCAUGUAUAUUUUGUUGCGUACAUCGUAGAAAUUACCUGCGCUAUGGUUAUGAUUACGGACAUUCAAAUCAUAUGCCAGUGUCCUAA